AUGAUCUCAUCACAAACAACAAUUACAAAAUCACAUAAGAAAACAACCACUAUUGAUAAUGGAAUAAAGGUUUUAGGAUAUUCUGAUGUUAGAAAAGCAGCAGAAUGUCUUUUGGAAUCAUUUCAAGAUGAUGCAUUGGCACGAAUGUUAGUAUGUCAUUUACCUACCGAACAACAACGUCGUAGAUGUGAAAUUUUGUUAUAUGAAGCAUAUCUUCGUCAACAUAUAGCCAAAGGAUUAGUACUUGGACAAGGUGAAAGUUCUGAUGGAUUUGAGACGGUUUCGAUCUGGUCUGUUCCUGAUUCCGAAGAAAGAGGAUUGAAUUCUUUUCCAACUUUGAUGGAAGCUGGUUAUGGGAAGCUUUGGAAUGCUAUUGGCGAAGAUGGUAGAGAGAAGGUUUUUCAUGGAAUGUUACCAUUAUUGCAUGAUUCUUGUGAAAGAAUUAUAAAUACUGAUUCUAGAUUUAAGAAUAAAGAAAUAUAUACUUUGGUUUAUGUUGGAUCUAGACAAUCUGCAAGAGGGAAAGGUAAUCUUAGAAAAUUAUUUGAAUAUAUGUUUAAUAAUUAUAUUGAUCAAGAUGAUAAUAGUAUUGCAUAUUUAGAAAGUUCAUCACCUACUAAUAUACCUAUCUAUGAAAGAUUUGGUUUCAGAGUGGUUGAAAAUAUCAUGUUGGGAGAUAAUUCAAUUGAUAAUGCCGUUGAAGGAAGAGAUUAUGCUAUUAUGAAUGUCAUGAUUAGAGGGGUUAGAGGUAAUGAUUGGACUAAAGAUGAAAACACCUAUUCAAGCCGUGGUAAAUUGUAA